AUGUUGCACCAUUUUCUUUCUUUUUUGAUGAAAUGCGUUACCCUUCCGAAAGAAAGUGGCGUUGCUCAAAUUGUUGAAACUCGAUCUCAUCGCCAAAUAAACAAUUCGGGCAAGGAUAAGGACAAGGUUUUACGCCAUUUGUUUUUACUUCUCUUAUAUACAAAUAAAGAAAGCAUCAAACACACUACGAAAAGUAACCGGAUAGUAAAGAUGAGCGAGGACCUCGUGUUUGACUACACUUUUAGCUGGCCUGCUGGCCCCGAAGACGUUAUCCUAACUGGAACGUUUGAUGACUGGAGAGGUACUUUACCCCUCGUGAAGACCGCUAAGGGCAAUUUCGAAAUAACUAUGCCUGUUAAAUUGGCUGACAAGAAUUAUAAAUUUCAGUUUAAGUUUAUUGUGGACGGUGUCUGGUGCGUCAGUGAUUCAUACAAGAAAGAGCAUGUUAGUGAGGGAAUCGAAAACAAUUUUCUUGAAAUCACAGAUCUGGUUGAAACUCAAGAAGUCGUUGGCGCUAGCAGAAUCCCAGAGGCAGGUGGCUUACUAUGUGGUAAACCUUCCCGAGCAGCAGGGCCACCUUCUACAAGUAAUAGAAAGAAGGGCAAAAGAAACAACAAGAAAAGGAGAUCUAAGUUGAAGAAGAAGAACAGUAAGGGCAACAGGAAGUCGAGUGAGAGUUUGGAUGGUGGCGAAGAAGAAAAGGAGGGUGAAGACGGGAUGACCGGAACCACUACUGAAGAUAUAACCGGCACGUCAAGGGAGGAAACUCCAUUAGCGGAACCCGUGGAUACUUCCAAUGAAGCUCCAGGCAACUUUCAUAUCCUACCAAUCGAUCAAAAUACAAGCACCACUCAGUCAAACAAUCUUAUUGGCGGACCAGGUCCUGUUCUGGUCCCCAACCCAAAUGAAAUCAAAGAAUUCAGCGAAAUUAGAGACGUCGAUGCUAAAGAGCUGAACGAGAGAUUAAAUAAGAAAAUUCAAGUUCCUGAACCUGCCGUUGAACCUUCCGUUGAUGCACCAGCUGUGGCGAAGGCGGCUGAACUUCCACAAACUGAUGAACCCGUUGCUGAAAUUGAGACAAACGCUUCCAAAGUGCAAGACCCCGCUUCUCAAUUGGGAACAGUUACCUCGGUUAAAGCACUAGCCACUCCAAAAGCCCAAAUGCCUAUUCGCAAAUCCUCACAAGAUGAACCAGUAGGGGAGACUGUACAACUUGAAUUGGUGGAGAAGCAUGAACCUACUGGAGAUGCUGUGGACACAUUUAAAGAAACAGAAGGCAAGCUUGAACAGGAGGAAGUUUUUACUUUGGACCCAGGUGCUACCAAAGAUUCUAAACCAGUCUUGGCAGAAUAUCCCCAAGGUGAACGUAAAAAAUCACCUGCAGUUUCUGAAGAAAAAGAAAAGAAAAAAAAGAAGAAAAGACAGGAGGGAAAGUGCUCUAAAGAAAUCAAGAGAUCAGAAUCUACCUCAGAAAAGAAACGUUCUACUAAAGAAUCUAAAAAAGUACCCGUGAAACCUCUAAAGAAGCAGACAGCUUCUCCUUUGUCGUCAACAUCUGAAGAGCCAAAAAAGAAAAAGACUGGUUUCUUUGGCAAAUUGAAAAAGCUAUUUAAAUAA